AUGUUUAGAAGGUAUUUUACUACUGCAGUAUCUGCUGCAUCCUCAACUGCGAAAAAACCUGCAGACUUAUUGCCUCUCAAAUUUGAACACAAUAUCUAUGCCACUUUAAAGGUCCAUGAUAGAUCAUAUUUAGUUACAAAGGGUGAUUUGGUUAACUUGCCAUUUUGUAUGCACGAGGCACAGAUUGGUGACAUUAUUGAAUUCAAUAAAGUCGACGUUGUUGGAUCCAGAAACUUCACUUACCAUGUUAAAGAUGGCAUAGAUACCAGUAAAGUCACAGUAACCGGGGUGGUUGUUGAGAAGACCAAAAAGCCAAUGCAAGUGAAAGAAGUGACCAAAAGAAGAAAUAGACACACAAAACAUAUACUUAGUAAACACGACCUCACUGUUGUUAGGAUCAGUGAACUCAAAAUCAACGAAUGA